GUCGAUAUUCUUGUUUUUUGGUUUUAUUUUGGGAGAUACACCUUUUCAUCUUAUCAUUUACAUUUUACGUUACAUAUCCAUACUAUCUCAUUUCGCGCCGGAUUGGACCGAGAAGAGUAUCCAUAUCUCUACGAAAGAGGGAAAAAGGAAUCGACGACUAGCGAUCACUCAGUGACCAACGCCGCUACCAAUUCAGCGACCAGCUCAUAUAUCAGCUACCAGCCCAAACCCCCAAGUACCUACCGAUCUACCAUGCCAAGUGCGACAGACCAAACGUUGGAAAACCAGAAUGAGGAAGAGUUGAAUUCUCUGCACAGUAAAAUCAGAUCUCUUCGGUCGGUGACGAUCGAUAUCCUAGACGAUGCGAAUCGUCAGAAUGAUCAGCUCGACAGAACUACCAACACAUUCUCCUCAUUCGCCUCGUCCCUCUUCUCCACCUCGCGCCACCACUCUCGCUCCGUCGCUGCCAGCUCUGCUUUACGGCAGUACCGUGUGAUUGCGUAUAUCGUGAUGGGCGUAGUCGUGCUUUGGCUGGUGAUGAAAGUCUGGAGGAAUGGACCAGGGCCGACGGCGCCGGCGGCUACACCGCUCGAGGGAGAGUAUUAGGAUGUACCGGGCGGGGUUGUCUUUUUGGUUUUUUAUUUGUUUGUACACUGUAAUGCAUAGUCGAUACCGUCGCACAGUCGAGUGUAUUCCGUCCCCAGGAUGGGUUUGUUUAUAGGAUGUGGUGAUGUCUCCAGUCCA